UUUUAUUUAGUUUGAUUCCUGAAGGCCUCGUCUCUUUCUAGAGGAGAAAACCUUCAGAGCUUCAGUUUAUCUCUGAUAUGUGAUCAGUUUGAAACGUCGAGUCUUCAGAGGUUUCGGUUCUUUUUCAUCUCUGAGAUUUUAUCAGAUCAGAAACCGAAGCAGCAGAUGGACAGAGAUAACCGGAAUCUCCCGCCGGCUCCUUAUCUGCUCUCAGAUCAGCCCUGAGGGUCAUAAAGGCUGCUGAUCUGAGAGCAGAACCAGAUCAGAGCUAGAACCAGAACCAGAACCAGAACAGCAUGAAGCUCCACGUCUGCACUCUGCUGGUGUUCUGCAGUGCAUUGUUGGUCGUCUCCUCCUCGGCUGCAGCUUCUCCUCGUUGUGACGCCAUGUUGGAGAUCUCCGGCGAUGCCUCGUCUCUGUCGGGAGGAAACGGGAACAUCCACAGCAGAUCUCUGUCGCCGUGGAAAUGGACGUGGACCACGGUGAAGGACCGGAUCCCCACCACCAUCUGGGAGGCCCAGUGCACCAGCAGCCUUUGCUCCGGUCCCAACGGGGAACAAACCGACGGACUGAACUCGGUCCCUAUCCGGCAGAACAUCCUGGUUCUGACUCGGCAGGACGGGGGGCGCUGCUACACCACAUCCUACCGCUCUGUGGCCGUCGGCUGCACCUGCGUCUGGACCAAGACCAACCGGAACUGAACCAACGAUUCAGAGAGAGUCUUCUUCCUGAAGGGGGCGGAGCCGGCAGCAUUUAAAGCUACAGAAACAUUCAGUUUAAAAUAAAACCAGGAGUUCAAACUAAA